GCUAUUCUUUCCAUAUCUUAUGAGUCGCUUUCAAAUGAGGCUAAUUUUUGCCGGCGUAUUAUGGCUUUGUCCCUCCUGAAGUGCAUCUAUGUUGAGGAGACAUUGCGACCGCAUGGAAAAACAUUAUUCCUCGAACAACUCAAUCUGUAUGACACUAUUACACCUCAUCAGUUCGCUGCGUUGGUUUCCUGUUUGGAUGAUUCUUUCCAGUUAUGUCAAACUACAGCUCUGGAAAUACUCAAAAAUCUUCCGGUGGUGAAAGGUUUUGAUUUUAUGACUUUCAAGAGUGAAACUAUCGAAAUGAUGAAAUCAAUUCGCUCGCACAAUACGUUAGCAACUGGCUACAGGAUGCAGUUCUACAUUAACUGUCACCCGACAUCAAUGGAAGAACUGCUGGAAUUUUUCGUGAAUGUUUGUGAGGAAAACACCAAUGCAGCAAAAAAUAACCUGUUAAAUAUUACUUGCUACUCCAUCCAUCCUUGGAUGAACGCGAUAGCUCUCCUUUUGGAAGAAACCUCUUUCUCCAAUUUGAGUGCCAAAGAUCAAGAAUGGUGGAUACCGUUUCUGCGGCAACGUCUGGUUCCACUCUGCUUCGAAGUAGCAGCGGUGCUUUGUCCACUUUCAAUUCUCUCCCCUGAGCAUGUUCAUCGCAUUGGGGCUUUUUACUGGCUGCAGCUUACCGAGUGCAAACAUUGUGGAGCAUUUGAAACGGCAGUGGAAGGCUUCUCUUCAUUGUGCACUUAUCUUUGGAAAAGCGAUGAUCCUUCUCUGCCAAAACCCGUGGAAUGGUUGCGCGAAAUUCUCAAUGCUUUGGAUGGAAAGAAAGAUUCGCAAAACCUGUGCUCAACCCGACGUAGUGCCGGUGUCCCUCAUCUUGUUACCACUAUUCUGGCGACCGAACCACCUAAUCAUGCCAGCCAGUCGCUCAAAAUUGCUCUCAAGUCUCUUCUGGAAAUGAGUCAUAAAUCUGUCACCUAUCGGGUACACUCGCUCAAUGUGCUUAGGGCGAUAUUUUCGUCGGCAGCUCUUGGAGAUCGAAUUACGGCUGCCUUAGAGUGGGCUUGUCGUGUAGCUGUUGAUGGUUGCUCAGCUGCCACGUGGCCGGAACGCAAUGCAGCCGCUCAGCUAGCGGCAGCUCUUAGAACGCGAAUAUUCGGAGUUGCUCAUAAGAGUCAACGAGACCUCCAAGUGGACUCGAAAAAUCGUCAGAGUUCGUAUGAAUUCUUCACAAGGUUUCCCUCGUUGUACAGUUAUUUAUUCGAUCAACUACGUACUCCCAAAGACGAGUUCAGUGUCUAUCCUAUUCUUAUUUUUCUCACACACCUUUUUCCGUCAAAUGCUGGCGUUACGGCUACGGUCGGAACAAAUGCGAAGAAAACAGCAGUGGAUUUUCCUCUACAGCCUUUUAUAUUCGCGCUGCUUCGUGUACUUUUAUGGUGUCGAGCCGAAAAGCUGCGGAGACUUGCUGUUGCUGCGUUGAUCGCUAUAGCCACACCAAAGAUGACGUCAAUAUUAGAGUCCUGUAAGCGUUAUGAGGUGAUGGAUAGUGUUCGUACAAUCAUGACUAAACUAACAGGAUCGGCAAUUUGGUUGAAGUGGUGCGAUAUGAACAAGAACCUAUUCCUACUGCUGUGUAAUGAGCUUGACUUGGCCUAUAGUACUGCUUUAGACAGUAGGGAUUUAGUUCUCUCGAAGUUCUUCAAUUUUAUGCGCGAUUUCGCAGUCGAAGACUUAAGAAGUGGCACAAAUGAACGCGAUACGGCUUGUAUCCUCGAUGUGUUGUACACUUGUCGAGAAUUUCUUGCUGCGAAAGGUCCUGAGAUUGCCUCUCUUGUUCGACGUCGAAUUGCUGAAGAAUGGCGAAUGCCCGAAACCAUUGCACUGGCUUAUCGUCUUCUUGCUUUCAUUUCUGGAGAAGGACAGCCGUCAUGCAAGGAACUGGAGUGGAUUGAGUCGUGUGUCAACAUUGAGGAGGAACUACCGAAGCAAAUUGCCCUCGAAGUAGGCGCGCAUCAUCUCAAAAAGGGGGACUGUAAUCGACUUGUACCUGCUUUGGCGGCCUUUCUUCAGGAUGACUAUCUCCAUAUUCGGGAAAAGGCUUCGUCGAUCCUCUCGAGACACAUAUUGAAGAAGGGCCUACUGCUUAAUCCUUAUGUCUGUUAUCGCUUGAUUAUCGACAAAAUUCCCGAUUUUGGAGCGGAAGUUACGAAACAAAUACAAAAUGUGACUGAUGACUCCGCUGAGGUUCUUUUCGAUGCCUGCUCAACUAACCCAUAUGCCGAGUCACGCGUUUUUGGCAAGUUUGAUGAUGUGAAAUCAAUGGUUGUCGAAAUGACCGGCUCUCAUUAA